UUCCAGCGGGUGUAGUAAACACACCUCCCGCGGGCAUUAUCAGCGCUGUGCAGAUGGGCAAAGCCUAGGCGCCGGAGGGCCUUGGGCUGUGGGCGGGCUUCUGCUGACUGGCUCCGCCACUACCGCGCAACAGCUCUGAUUGGAUGUUUUGUUUCCUCUCCGCCCUCCUCCCCCUUUUCACUUUGAUCCCGUACUUUUCUGGAGGACAAGAGUGGGUCUACCGCUGACUUCCAUAGUUCACUUGUUAGCUCUGGGGACAAGAGCACAAACGGGCGGGCUCGCAUGUACAUAUCGAGGGACGUGGAUAUGCAGACAGGGAACCUAUGUGUUGACUGCUGGGAAGGAGCAAUCAGAUGGUCCACGUGGCGUGGCACAGACUCGCGUUCUGGCAACCUCCUGACAGUCUCAGGGCCCGGAGGCCCGGAUGGGGGAUCAAAAGUAUCAACAGGUGGUCUCUUGGGCUCGCGUGGACACAGUCCGAGUGUGCACCGGCUGCGGGCACGGCCCUGCGGCCCAGGGCUCUGGCCGCCACGCGGAAAGGGAAUUCAGGGGUGCUCUUCCGCAGCUCGUGCUCGCACACGCCGCCGAGUAGACACGUGCCCGCUGCACUCUGGGUAAAUACAGACCCGGAGCCGAGCCAACCCUAAUUUAGACGCCCGCGAACGCCGCUGCGCACGAACACGUGCUGCUGACUCGCUAGCACUUCGGUCUCCGCCCCCUCUGUCGCUUGCGGGGGCGCAGCCGGAGGGGUACUGGGGACUUGGCUGUAAUCCUCAGCUCCACGGGGUCAAAAGGAGAAGGAAGGCAUUCCACACCCGCCUCUAGAACUGUGCCCACCUUGUCCUGCGCUUCCCAAAUCUCUCCUAGCCCAUAAAUCAAUUCCGGCACCAAGGGGCGUUGGUGGGAAGGGCAAAAUAUGGGGGCGGAGUCCAGCUCAUUUUCACAGCAUCUAAACUAGGGGUGGAAGGAGGGUUUGAGAUGGUCAAUCCAGCAUUUCCCCCGACCUCCGCGGAUGACGCGAGAGCUCGAGGCCGCCCCAGAAGGCUCCGGGCGAUGGGGCCGGCUUCCACGUAGACCCCCGGGGGUCGCUAGCUCCUGCCCGCACGCCUUCACCGAGGCCGGGAGCCUGGCGCACGCUCGCCCUCCCGCCUCCCCGUCGCCUCUGCCGCCUCCCCCUCCUUGGAAACCAAGUUACCAACGUUAAACCAAUCCCUGAGCGCAACUCUGCCUCCUCCACACCCCACCCGCCGCGCCGCGCUGUCCUCGAGCUCAGCUCAGCGCUCGCGCUCCCCUCUCCUCUGGUACUUUCCCCGCGGCGGCGAUGCCAGGGCCCUUGCCAGGGCUGCUCCGGGCGCUGCUCGGCCUCUGGGUUGCCCUGGGCCUGGGGCUCAUCGGCCUCUCAGCGGUCGCGCAGGAGCCUCUCUGGGCGGACCUGCAGCCCCGCGUGGCGCUCGUGGAGCGCGGGGGAUCGCUGUGGCUGAAUUGCAGCACCAACUGCCCGCGGCCCGAGCGCGGUGGCCUGGAGACCUCGCUGCGCCGGAAUGGGACCCAGAGGGGUUUGCGCUGGCUGGCGCGUCAGCUGGUGGACAUCCGAGAGCCAGAGACCCAGCCGGUCUGCUUCUUCCGCUGCGCGCGGCGCACACUGCAGGCUCGUGGGCUCAUUCGUACUUUUCAGCGGCCUGAUCGUGUAGAGCUGAUGCCCCUGCCUGCCUGGCAGCCUGUCGGCGAGAACUUCACCCUGAGCUGCAGGGUCCCUGGCGCUGGGCCCCGUGGGAGCCUCACAGUGACCCUGCUGCGGGGCGCCCGGGAGCUGGUCCGCCGUAGCUUCUCCGGAGAGUCGCCCCGAGCGCGGGGAGCGGUGCUCACGGCCGCAGUGCUGGCGAGGAGGGAGGACCAUGGGGCCAAUUUCUCGUGCCGCGCGGAGCUGGACCUGCGGCCCCACGGCUUGGGGUUGUUUGAAAACCGUUCGGCCCCCAGAAUGCUCCGAACCUUCGCACUGUCUCCGGAGCCCCCGCGCCUCGCUGCCCCCCGGCUCUUGGAAGUGGGCUCGGAAAGCCCCGUGAGCUGCUCCCUGGACGGGCUGUUUCCAGCCUCGGAAGCCCGGGUCUACCUGGCGCUGGGGGCCCAGAGGCUGCAUCCGGACAUCAUCCUCGAGGGGGACGCGCUCAGGGCCGCUGCCACAGCCACGGCGAGCGCAGAGCAGGAGGGCGCCACGCAGCUGGCCUGCAGCGUGACCCUGGGGCGCGAGAGCCGCGAGACCUGGGAGAACGUGACCGUCUACAGCUUCCCCGCGCCCCUCCUGACCCUGAGUGCGCCCAGCGUCCCCGAGGGGGAGACGGUGACAGUGACCUGCGCUGCUGGGGCCCAAGCUCUGGUCACUCUGGACGGAGUUCCGGCCGCAGCCCCGGGACAGCCCGUCCAGCUCCAGCUAAACGCCACUGCAAACGAUGACAGACGCAGCUUCUUCUGCGACGCCACCCUCGAGGUGGACGGGGAGGUCCUGAGCAAGAAAGAGAGCACCGAACUGCGAGUCCUAUACGCCCCCCGGCUGGACGAUUCGGACUGUCCCAGGAGCUGGACGUGGCCCGAGGGCCCAGAGCAGACGCUGCGCUGUGAGGCCCGUGGAAACCCAGCGCCCUCCGUGCACUGCGCCCGGCCCGACGGCGGGGCGGUGCUGGCGCUGGGCCUGCUGGGUCCCAUCACUCGCGCACUGGCCGGCACUUACCGGUGCACCGCGGCCAAUGUCCAGGGCGAGGCGGUCAAGGACGUGACGCUGACAGUGGAGUACGCGCCAGCGCUGGACAGUGUGAGCUGCCCAGAGCGUAUUACGUGGCUGGAAGGAACAGAGGCCUCGCUGAGCUGUGUGGCACAUGGGGUGCCGCCACCCACCGUGAGCUGUGUGCGCUCUGGGGCGGCGGAGGUCAUUGAGGGCUUGCUGCACGUGGCCCGGGAGCACGCAGGCACCUACCGGUGUGAAGCCACCAAUUCUCGAGGCUCUGCGGCCAAAACUGUGGCCAUCACGGUGGAAUAUGGCCCCAGUUUUGAGGAGCUGAGCUGCCCCAGCAAUUGGACGUGGGUGGAAGGGUCUGGACGGCUGUUUUCUUGUGAGGUUGAUGGGAAGCCGCAGCCACGGGUGGAGUGCGUUGGCUCCAGGGGCACCACUGAGAGGGUGCUGUUGCCGCUGGCACCUCCAGACCCGAGUCCCAGAGCUCCCAGCAUCCCUAGUGAACCUGCCUCUGGUAUCUACACCUGCAAUGCCACCAACCAGCACGGCUCCAUGGUCAAGAUGGUGGCCGUGAGCGUGGAGUCGCCUCCGAAAAUGGAUGAGUCCACCUGCCCGAGCCACCAGACGUGGCUGGAAGGGGCCGAGGCUGUCGGGCCAGCCUGCGCUGCCCUGGGCCGCCCCUCCCCACAAGUGAGCUGCUCCCGGGAGGGUGGCCCCUGGCCUCAGCGGAUACACGUGUCCCGACAGGAUGCGGGCACCUACCUCUGCUUAGCCACCAAUGCGCAUGGCACUGACACCCGGACCAUCACCGUGGGCGUGGAAUACCGACCAGUGGUGGCCGAGCUGGCCGCCUCGCCUCCAGGAGGUGUGCGGCCAGGUGGGAACUUCACGUUGACCUGCCGCGCGGAGGCCUGGCCCCCCGCCCAGAUCAGCUGGCGCGCCCCCCCAGGGGCGCUCAACAUCGGCCUGUCCAGCAACAACAGCACACUGAGCGUGGCCGGCGCCCUGGGUAGCCACGGAGGAGAGUACGAGUGCGCGGCCACCAAUGCGCAUGGGCGCCACUCGCGGCGCAUCACCGUGCGUGUAACUGGUCCGUGGCUGUGGGUCGCCGUGGGCGGUGCGGUGGGGGGCGCAGCGCUGCUGGCCGCAGGGGCUGGCCUGGCCUUCUACGUGCAGUCCACCGCCUGCAAGAAGGGCGAGUAUAACGUGCAGGAGGCCGAGAGCUCGGGCGAGGCUGUCUGUCUCAACGGUGCGGGUGGUGGCACAGGUGGAAAUGACAGCGCCCAAGGUGGAACAGAACCUGAUGGUACCGCAGAGACGCCUGCGGGGGGCGAGGUCUUCUCCAUCCAGCUGACAUCAGCGUGAGCCCACUACCCUCUCCCCGCAGGCCGGGGGAUGCCCCCCAGACACAUACGGGGGCUUAUUUAUUGUUCUAUUUAUUCAUUUAUUUAUGUAUUCAACUCCAGGAUGUCACUCCCAUUUUCUAACCCUCCCAAUAAAGUUUUUAUAAAGGAC